GGGACGGGAGGACCCGAGAAGGGUCUGGGCGUGUCGAGGGGCCGGGGCGCCGGGAACGUGGCGUUCACCCGCGUCCCCGAGGUGCUGGUGCUCAGCGAGCCGCGGAGGGGAGGAGCAGUCCCCGGGCUGAACCAGGCCCGGGGCCAAGUGCGUCCAGGGCGGAGGGUGACGGGAAGCCACCGGUGCCCGAGGAGUCAUUUUUGGGGCGCUUGUUUCGGAGCGUUGCACAAACCCGAGCGCCAACUCCGAGAGCUCACCGGCGUGAGUCAGCGGGACCCGCGGCCGCAGAAGAGGGGGAGGUGGGCGAGGAGGGCGCCGCGCACCCCGAGGCCCGCGCGGACGACGGCGGGAAGGGCCCAGGGGCGACUUGGGACACCCCUAGCGGCAGCCCCCUCCCCAGCCCGACAGGUGAGCGCGGGAGGGCCUCGGGGCGGAGCCUGCCGUCCUCCCCGGCCUCCCUCGGCGCCGCUGCCCAGAUUAUAUCUGGGUGCUGGCACCCAGCCACUCCUCUGCCAAUGAAGUACAUCUUGGUCACUGGUGGGGUCAUCUCGGGCAUCGGUAAAGGGAUCAUCGCCAGCAGCAUUGGGACGAUUCUAAAAUCAUGUGGACUCCGAGUUACUGCCAUCAAAAUCGACCCCUAUAUAAACAUCGAUGCAGGCACUUUUUCGCCUUAUGAGCACGGUGAAGUGUUUGUCUUAAACGAUGGUGGAGAAGUUGAUUUAGACCUGGGAAAUUAUGAAAGGUUCUUGGAUAUUAAUCUUUAUAAAGACAACAACAUCACUACGGGGAAGAUAUAUCAACAUGUGAUCAAUAAAGAGAGGCGUGGCGAUUACCUGGGAAAAACAGUACAAGUUGUCCCUCACAUUACUGAUGCUGUCCAGGAGUGGGUUAUGAAUCAAGCCACGGUGCCUGUGGAUGGUCAUAAGGAAGAGCCCCAGAUAUGCGUUAUUGAGCUGGGUGGCACCAUCGGAGACAUCGAAGGAAUGCCCUUUGUGGAAGCGUUCAGACAAUUCCAGUUUAAAGCGAAAAGGGAGAAUUUCUGUAAUAUCCAUGUCAGCCUUGUCCCCCAGCCCAGUGCUACCGGAGAACAGAAGACCAAACCUACACAGAACAGUGUCCGUGCGCUGAGGGGGUUAGGCCUGUCUCCCGACCUGAUUGUCUGCCGAAGCUCAACGCCCAUCGAAAUGGCUGUGAAGGAAAAGAUUUCCAUGUUUUGUCACGUGAAGCCCGAACAGGUCAUAUGUAUCCACGAUGUUUCUUCCACCUACCGAGUGCCUGUGCUUUUGGAGGAACAAGGCAUCGUUAAAUAUUUUAAAGAGAGAUUGGAUCUGCCCAUUGGGGAUUCUGCAAGUAAUUUGCUUUUCAAGUGGAGAAAUAUGGCUGACAGGUAUGAAAGGUUACAGAAAACGUGUUCCAUAGCCCUGGUUGGCAAGUACACCAAGCUCAGGGACUGCUACGCCUCCGUGUUCAAAGCCCUGGAACACUCGGCUUUGGCCAUCAACCACAAGCUGAAUCUGAUGUACAUAGACUCCAUCGAUCUGGAGCAGACCACCGAAACUGAGGACCCUGUGAAAUUCCACGAAGCUUGGCAGAAGCUCUGCAAAGCUGAUGGUGUUCUUGUGCCAGGAGGCUUCGGAAUCAGAGGAACCUUGGGAAAACUCCAGGCGAUUUCUUGGGCAAGGGCAAGGAAGAUUCCUUUUCUGGGAGUGUGCCUCGGGAUGCAACUGGCAGUGAUCGAGUUUGCGAGAAACUGUCUUAACUUGAAAGAUGCUGAUUCCACAGAAUUUGAGCCAAAUGCCCGGGUUCCUGUGGUGAUUGACAUGCCGGAACACAACCCUGGCAAUUUGGGAGGAACGAUGAGGCUGGGAAUAAGAAGAACGGUUUUCAAAACUGAAAAUUCAAUAUUAAGGAAACUUUACGGGGACGUUCCUUUCAUAGAAGAAAGACACAGACAUCGCUAUGAGGUGAAUCCUAGCCUGAUCAACCAACUUGAGCAGAAUGACUUAAGUUUUGUAGGUCAGGAUGUCGAUGGGGAGAGGAUGGAAAUCAUUGAACUAGCAAAUCACCCGUAUUUUGUCGGAGUCCAGUUCCAUCCUGAGUUUUCCUCUAGGCCUAUGAAGCCUUCCCCUCCAUACCUGGGGCUCUUACUUGCGGCAACUGGGAAUCUGAAUGCCUACCUGCUGCGGGGCUGCAAACUGUCUUCCAGUGAUCGAUACAGCGACGCCAGUGAUGACAGCUUUUCAGAGCCCAGGAUAGCCGAGUUGGACAUCAGCUGAAACCGAUGCGUGACUUGGGAUCCCCGGCUUUGCCUGCGAGGUAACAGAAGCCAAGAUGAAGGAACUCUCUGAAGAAAUCACGCCCACUUUGAUAGAAUCACUCCGUUCUCCACCAAACAUGGGAUGUACAGCCUCGAGGGGAGUCGAAUCAUACGUACGUCCAUGAACCAGAAUUUCACGCUGGUUUUCCUUUUCUUCCAGAGGUGACUUUGGGGUCUCACAAAUUGCUUUAGCCGAUUAAACUUCUCCCAACAACCUCA